CUCUUUUCCCUUAGCCACCGGACGAAAAUGACCAAGGGAACAUCAUCUUUCGGUAAGCGCCGGAACAAGACGCACACUCUGUGCCGUCGCUGCGGGUCCAAGGCCUACCACCUGCAGAAGUCCUCCUGUGGCAAGUGUGGCUACCCCGAGAAGCGCAAGAGAAAGUACAACUGGAGCGCCAAGGCCAAGAGGAGGAACACCACCGGCACUGGCCGCCUGAGACACCUGAAGGUCGUCUACCGCAGAUUCAGGAAUGGUUUCAGGGAAGGCACCACCCCCAAACCCAGACGUGCUGCAGUGGCCGCCUCCAGCUCAUCCUAAAAGACACAUUUUUGGUUAAAUAAAUGUGAUGUUUAACAGGAGUUCCAGUCUUGUCUCUUAAUCUUUAAAUCCUUAUUGUCAGCCAAACACAAAAGUCAUGAUCGAUGUUCCCAAUAGAUUAAUACACGGAGGGUGGCUGUAUUUUCGUCAAUUUAUACAACUCUGAAGUAAAAACAUAGAGUUUGGGUUAUUGUAUCAAAACUAAACAAAGCUAAAAUAAAACCUUUUAGAAACAUGA